GAGAGCGCGGGCCUGGAGGAGGCGCCCAGGCCGGCAACGCCUCUCAAGGAAGUUGGCCCUUUAAUUACAGAGCCAGUUCCCUGUCACAUCCACCUUCAGCAGCUAGCAGCAGGCGCAGCUGGUGUCAGUCCUCUGCCUCCGGUACAGCACCGCGGCCAUGGGCGGCUCAGCCUCCAGCCAGCUGGACGAGGGCAAGUGCGCCUACAUCCGAGGGAAAACUGAGGCUUCUAUCAAAAACUUCAGCCCCUACUACAGCCGCCAAUAUUCUGUGGCUUUCUGCAAUCAUGUGCGCAGUGAAGUAGAACAGCAAAGAGAUUUAACGUCACAAUUUCUGAAGACGAAGCCCCCACUGGAACCAGGAACUGUCUUGUAUGAAGCCGAGCUCACCCAGUUUGUUGAAGACAUCAGGAAAUGGAAGGACAGAUACAUUGUGAUUAAAAAUGAUUUUGCUGUGGAAAGCUAUGAGAACAAAGAGGCCUAUCAGAGAGGAGCUGUUCCUAAAAGCAGGAUUCUUCCAGCUGGUGGCAAGGUGUUAACCUCAGAAGAGGAAUAUAGUCUCUUAUCUGAUAAGCAUUUCCCAGACCCCACUGCUUCCAGUGAGAAGAACUCUCAGCCCUUUGUGGUCCUACCCAAGACAUUCCCGGUGUACCUGUGGCAGCCUUACCUCAGGCACGGCUACUUCUGUUUCCAAGAGGCCACCGAACAGCAGAAGUUUAGCACUCUUCUCAAUGACUGCAUCAGACAUCUGAACCACGAUUACAUGAAGCAGACCACAUUUGAAGCCCAGGCCUUUUUAGAAGCCGUACAGUUCUUCCGGCAGGAGAAGGGUCACUACAGCUCAUGGGAAAUGAUUACUGGGGAUGAAGUCCAGGUCCUGAGUAAGCUGGUGAUGGAGGAGCUCCUGCCGACCCUCCAGACUGACCUGCUGCCUAAACUGAAGGGGAAGAAGAAUGACAGAAAGAGGGCCUGGUUCGGACUCCUGGAGGAAGCUUACAAUCUGGUUCAGCACCAAGUUUCAGAAGGAUUAAGCGCCUUGAAGGAGGAGUGCAGAGCUCUGACAAAGGACCUGGAAGGGACCAUCCGCUCAGACAUGGAUCAGAUUGUGAACUCAAAGAACUUUCUAACUGGGAAGAUCCGAGCAAUGGUGACUCAGCCAGCAGAGAAGAGCUGUGGGGAGAGCGUGCAGCCUUUCCUGGCAUCCAUUCUGGAGGAGCUCAUGGGGCCAGUGAGCUCGGGUUUCAGUGAAGUCCGUGCACUUUUCGAAAAAGAAGUAGAUGAACUCAGCCAGAGCUUCCAUGGCACUCAAGACAGUGCCCAGCUGAAGGAGCACCUAGAACAGCUAAUGAAGCUUCCUCUGGAUUCUGUGAAGAUGGAGCCUUGCUAUACUAAAGUAACCCGGCUUCCAGAGCGCCUGCUAGACCUCCAGAGCCGCUUCCGGUUCUCUCACGUUGACCUGGUGGUCCAGAGGACUCAGAACUACAUGCAAGAGCUCAUGGAGAAUGCUGUGUUCACCUUUGAGCAGUUGCUCUCCCCAUAUCUCCAAGAAGAGGCUUCCAGAACAGCAGUGGCCAUCAAGAAGGUUAAGCUCCGUGUCUUAAAGCAAUAUGAUUACGACAGCAGCACCAUACGGAAGAAGAUCUUCCAGGAGGCAUUGAUUCAAAUCACACUGCCCACUGUGCAGAAGGCACUGGCAUCCACAUGCAAACCAGAGCUUCAGAAAUAUGAGCAGUUCAUCUUCGCAGAUCAUACCAAUAUGAUCCACGUUGAGAAUGUCUAUGAAGAGAUUUUGUAUCAGAUCCUUCUCGAUGAGACCCUGAAAGUGAUAACCGAGGCAGCCAUCUUGAAGAAACACAACUUAUUUGAAGACAACAUGGCCUUGCCCAGUGAAAGUGUGUCCAGUCUGACAGAUCUCAAAACCUCCAUGGGGUCAAACCAGGCCAGCCCAGCCAGAAGAGUAUCUGCCAUUCUCCCAGGAGCUCCAGAUAACGAACCCUCAAGUAACGAAGUGUUCCAGGAGCUAGAGGAAAAGAAGGAGCAGCCUGGCUCACUGGCCAGAGAAGAAAGCACUUCCAUCUCGGGGUCCAGCCUUCCUUCAGGUGGGGAUGGGCAGGUGUCUGUGUCCAGUGUAGAUAACUCUGCUGGAAGCCCUCUCACUGUAGAGAAUACAGCAGGACCCCUCAGCUCACACUUGUCAGAGGUGGAAGUUGGGGAGACCCUUAAAGAUGAAAAAUCAACCUGCGAAAGGCCAGAGUCUAGCACCGUGCCAGGGUCCCUGAAGGAACUGAAAGAGUUGUUGACUGUGGUAGUGUCCGUAGAGUCUGCCCCAGUGGUUGAAAAUGAUACAUACAAGGGGACACCUGUUCCUCAAGAAAAUAAAGAAGAAGAAAGCAAGAUCCACGCAGAAGCCAGUCACCUAGCUGCCGUCCAGCAGGACAGCUGUGAAGAAAGUGAAGUCAGAGAGAAGGAGGUCCAUCCUCUGCCUGUGGAAGCUGAGGCGCCUGGGGUGGACUUGGGGACAUUGCCAGAGGGUAGAGGCUCUACCUCUCAGCCCACCACUGGGGCACUCACUGAGAACGCCAGCUGUCCAGGUCCCAUAGAGGAGCCGUUUGAGGUUCAAGGGCCCCCUGAGAAGGCGCUCCCAGCCAUAGUUUCUACACAGGACAGCCCCCAGGCAGGAGGUGAGGCUGUGCAUUCUGUGACAGUCACACUUCAAGAAGAUGUUACGUUAAGUUCUAACCCCACCUGUCCCGUAGAGAGGAAUGAGGUGCCCCAGGUUUCUGAGGAUCAAGAAGUACUGGGAGGGAAGGAUAGCACAGCCCUUACUAUGGAUACAGAGCAAGUCAAUGCUGCCCAUGUGCAUGCGUGUCAGUGGGUGGUGGAGGAUGGCCCGAGCACUGACACCCUAGCUGUGCAUGAUUGUGAUGUGAGCUCCCCAGAGCUGCCCUCAGAGGAAUGGUAGAAACAGUUUGCCAGUUGUUUUCCUUUUAAAACUGUCAGUAAAGGGGUCUUAGUUAUGGGUAUCCUUAGGGGGUUGCAUGUGACUUGCUAUAAAAAAUUAUAAAAUAUUUCUUUAAUUUGAAUGUUGAAGCCAGAGAAAAUGUAUAGAGGGUGUGAGCCCUGAGCUGUCUUUGGGGAGCUGAGGUACUCUCUAUGAGUGAUCACUUUAGCAUUUUAAUAGAAAUGGGGUAAGAGAACUGGAGCUUUGGGGUGAAAGGCAGUUAAAGAGGCUCCAGAGACAGGACAGUGUAGGAGCAGGAAAUGACACCUCAAUAUUCUCCUUACUGAAACAGGGUACACAUUUUUAAUUGCACCUUUAAGGCAUUUCAAGCAAGCUUGUGAAGGACUCCAGCCUCAUCACCUGCUUAGUCAGCUUCCUUGUCCAUAGUCAGGCCACCCAAAAGAGGAAGUCACUAACCAGGCGUCCCUGUCCUGUAAAGUACCCAGAGCCAGUCACAGCUGGUAGAUCAAAGGUGAUGCAGAGCAGAAAUCCCAGGUGGAAGGCCCGUGGACUCUCUAGGCCUAUUCCUUAUCCUGCUAUCAAUUCCUUGUUGGUUAAUUUUGUUGGUUUAUAUUAAUUAAUCACUUUUAAGGAAAUUCAGACAGGGCAAGAGAUUUCAUUGGCACAAAUUAGCCUUAGGCUGUACAAAGUGCUUGGCUAAAUUUUCUAGCUCAAAACCUACCAAUUACACAGACAUUAUUUGAACAGCUACUGCAUGCUCUGUUAGUCACAGUGAUAAAUAAAAGAUCAGGUACUUUGCUUCAUAUAAAAUAAAAGGCUCAUGAGAAUUUAGUCUAGAAGAAAAGAGUAUUGAUUCCAAUUUUUAAGUUUUAAAUCGUGCCGACUUUCACUCUUCCUAUUCACAUGGUACUGGCAUAUUCUCAUCGGGGGAGGGAAGGAAUAAAUGAAGCCAUUCAAGUUUGCCAAAGACUUUACCAAUGUAGAAAUUGUUUGAUCAUUCAACAAAUUGUUUUCUUAAGUUCCCUAUCUGGCACUAAGCCUGGGGAUACCUUGAUGAGAAGACCAGCAUUCCUUCUUUCUGAAGGAAACAGAAAGAAAUUUGCCUCUAAAAUAGACUGAACCUGUAACUGUCUGUAAGAGAUGAGUGCGCUCAGUUGCAGUAAGACGAAGCUCAUCGUGUUUCAGAAAAGGCCCAGACUGUUCCUUGAAUGUUUUAGUCCCAAGUUGGACUGGCUUUUCCUGUCACAUAUUUUAACAUCAGAACCUCACACAACUUCGGGGCUGGUUUUACUCAGCACCAUUAAGCAUCUUCUUCAGAGAAGUUAUCCCUCACUUAGCCGUUCAAGCAGGAAUUAAGCUGUCUUCCUCCCCAUCCCUCCCACAAAGACUUUCUGGGACUUGUAAGUCAUAGAGGAUGAGUAACAAUCAUGCCAGCAUGGUCUCAUAUUGAAUCAUUUCACCUUUUCUUAGAAUGUCUGCAUCCUUGUGUCCAUGAGAUAUUCCACGAUUAAGUGAGGAAGGACUAGGCAGUCAUCUCACUAGGAAGUGAGGAAGGGAUAGCCCGUCUCCUAUGUUCCCUGCUGACCUUUUACCCGGCCUUUAGCAUGGUGCACCAAAAUUAUGUUUACUUCCACCACCUCCUCUUUCCUUCAAGGACUGAAACUGGGGAUUAGUCAUCACUUGUUCUUUCUGCCAGAAACCUAUGGCCUUGAAUAAUGGCUUCCUGCUUGCCAGGAAACUUUAACAUCUUAGGGUCUAGGAUAAGAGCUGACAAGUUUCAUGCUACUCCGGAAAUGUGGGAGCUGAACACCUGGCACACUGCUGUGCAGGAGCUAUUUGGGGCUUGCUUUUAGGCAGGGAGAUGUUUCUAAUUAAGCUUUCUGACCUUGUUGAAUCUUCCUAUAAAUAAAGUCCAAAGCUGAAGAGGCAGAUAGCCAAAUGGCCACCAGGAUGGCAGGAAGGCAGCGCGUCAAGACAGCAGUGUCUAGCCCCACAAACAUUACCCUUUUUACCCAGAGAGCCAUGGCUAUUGUGGAGCCCCAGCUCAUACCAAUCCUGCUCCAGAACCUCUCAUCUCCCCUGCCUUUGCUCACGCCUGUACCCCAUGAGAAGCUGAGAGUAAACAGAGUUCAUGUCACUGAUUGGCUGGAUGCGUGUUAGUGCCAAUCCAGAAGGCCAGAGAGGAGUAGGUGCUAAGAAGCACAAUGUUCUAGAAAAUGCCAAGAACACUUCCAUCCAUAUUUCACACAGCCAAGGUCUCCAAAACAGGCAAGACAGCUGUGACACGGCAAAGUGGACAGGGACUCUGCAGUGCACUAAAAUAGUCUGUGUGUGUAGUAAUGCAUCCAACACUGUCUUGCUUUUCAUAGGUUUGUUAGUGUUUCCAUGGGGGAGCAAAGUACUGGUGAUCUGAAUGGGCCAUCUCUGCCUUGGGCAAAGCUCUUGCAGACUCCUGGUUCAUGGCCAAAUCUCCUGGACUUUAAACUAGUUAUGUUACUUACUGACCUUUUACAAAGAGAUUGUCCUUGAAAAAUAAUGACUUGUUCCAGUAACCUUGGCACAGUGUAUAAAAUUAUGCAGUAAACCCAACACACACAUACACACACACACAUACACACACACACACACACACACACACACACAGCACAGCACAGCACAUUUAAAAAAGCAUUUUGGAAAGGUCAGAUUCCAGUGUCUUUUUCAGAGAGUUCCAGUAUGAAGAAUUCUAUGGACCCUCAUGUUUGCCUUGUAAUUCUUUAGAUUAAAGCCUGUGACUUCUGAGGAUUUUAUAGUUUUCCCAGACAAAGGUGAUUUUAAUUUGUAAUUUUUUAAGUGUUACAUGAGCUGAGGGCAUGGUUUCAGCUACAAUACUUGCCUAGGAGGCUGGAGGUCCUAGUUCAUCCCCUAGGUGGUGGUUGAGGGGAGGGGAAGCUACAUCAUAUAUGUGAGAUGCUAAAUAGUCAUUAAUGAUUUCAAUAUGGCGGAAGGUUUGACAUCAUUGACAUAAACCAUAAUAUAGUUUCAUGAUGUGAGAAUGCCUUCUCUACCAUAAACACACAUGACCAGGGAUUUGGUUUCUGAAGUCUGGGACUUUGGGGAAAAGAAUUCCAUACUGUGGUUUCAUUUGUUUGCAUUCACUAUACAAAGCAAAUAAACUAAGAACAUGUUGUAACCAUGUAUUUACUCUGCCAAGUGCCUAUAUGCCAAUAAAACAUUCAGCACUGAAGGGCUGUCCAGA